UUGAAGGUGCGUGAACUGGAGGCAGAGGUUGAUGCUGAGCAGAGACGUGGAGGAGAUGCCAUUAAGGGUGUCCGCAAAUAUGAGAGGAGAGUGAAGGAGCUCACCUAUCAGACUGAGGAGGACAAGAAAAAUGUUGCCAGGCUGCAGGAUCUAGUUGACAAGUUGCAGCUCAAAGUCAAGGCCUACAAGAAGCAGGCCGAGGAGGCGGAGGGGCAGGCCAACACUCAUCUGUCCAAGUGCAGGAAGGUGCAGCAUGAGCUGGAGGAGGCUGAGGAGUCCCAGGUCAACAAGAUGAGAGCCAAGAGCCGCGACUCUGGCAAGGGAAAAGCGGCAGCUGAAUAA